ACGGGCGGAGGAUGCUUACCGGCUUGCAGGACGGCGUGCCGUGCAAUGACGGUCGUUCCGGCGAGACGAUGCCGCCAGCUGUCGACGGCCAGUUGGCAGGUGUGGAGGCCGGGUCGGACAAAUUCCAGGCGAUGGAAGUCUCGGACAGAUAUGGUGGAGUCUCCAUCCCCCGCGCUCGGCUCACCACCCCACGGGCGGCAACCGAACCCUGUGGCGAAGCCGCAGCCGCAGGCGGAACGGGGAUCGGAGCCGGAGCCCAAGCUGGAGCCGGCGGCGAAACCGGACCCGGAGCCGGAAGUGGUACCGGCGCCGCCGCCGCUGCAGGCCGAGUGCAGCGUGUGCGGCGAGCGGUUCUGGCGCCAGGACGUUCUGGUGCAGCACAUGGCGGCCCACCAGGCCACGCACCGCUUCUCCUGCCGCAAGUGCGUGUUCCGCUGUCGCACCAAGCACCAGCUGGCCGAUCACAUUCGCAAGCAGCACGUCACCAUCAAGCGGCGCCAUCAGCCAGCCGUCGGGGUGGACCGCCGGCUGCGCUGCGUGACGUGCGGCAUCGACAGCUUCCCCAGCUUCAGCUACUUCCACGACCACCACCUCUACCACCACCUGGUGACGCGGCCCGAGCCGCGGGUGGUGGGCCAGCGCCGCGGCCAGCUCGGUCUGCCCGUCGUCGGCGUCAACGGCAUCGGCAAGAUGGGCCCCAGCCCGCGGCCGGUGGCCUUCUUCAGCCUGGGGCAGGCCUGGCCGCUGCGGAGUGCUGAGGACUCGGUGGCCGAGCUCUGUCGCAGCCACUUCCUGCAGGAGGUGAACCGCAUCAUCGACGGGGCGACCGUCUGGUCGCAGAACGAGCGAAACCUCAGCUGCCAGCUCACCUUCCAGACGGAGGCGAUCCUGCAGCGGCUGAUGGUGAGGUUCGACAAGUUGCAUCUCGACUGCAACGACCACCUCUACAUCCAUGAUGGUGCUCACGCCAUCAGUGGCAACCAUAAGGUGCGGUACUCAUGUCAUUAA